AUUGAGAAUCUAAAUUUAGUACCUCCCUGCACUAUCUUCUCUUUCUUUUCCCACAAAAAGAAUGGGAGUUCUAAACCCUAAUUCCACUCCCACAAACCCAUUACAAACUUCAAAGCUCCAUUUUCCCAAUUCAGCAAGCCCCUAAAUCAUGCACGAUUUCCUCAAUUAGGUCCUAUCCUUUUUCAAUUUUCAAUUUUGAUCCCAAAAUGUCGUCGGAGGACAUGGGUCUGGUCCCCUCGCAGAACGGGCUGAACUCGCACCUGGUCUUCCAAGACGAUACCUUGCGGUUCAACUGCGGCGCACCGGCUCAGCGCCGAGUCGGCGGCGGCGGGGGCGGCGGCGACUCGGGCCCGAAGACCAGGGAUCUCAGCGGCUUCAUCGACGAGCGAUUCUUCGCGCCUCAGGGCGCGGAAUUUCGCCGGAGUAUUUACGGCGAUUCUCAGGACCGGAGGGACCCACCGGAGGCGAGGAACUGGAACGGCAACGGCGCGGCGGCGACGCCAAGCGUCGACGGAUCGGACGAUGACGAGGACGACGAUGAAGAUGACGUCGACGACGAUGAUGACGACGUCGAUGAAGGACUGGUGGGUGGGGAUGACGACGGCAAGGGCAAUAACGGUAAUAAUGCCGGUAAUGGCGAGGACAAAAUGGGAAAUGGGAAAGCCAAGCACCAGAAUCAGAAUCAGAGCCAGCACCAUUCCCCUUUUGGUGUGAAUAUGAUGAUAGGAUCAAGUAGAGAUGUAAUAGUGAAAGAGAGUGGCAUUGUGCAGCAAACGGUUAGUGGCAAUGCGAAGGCUAGUCGGAGCGAAAAUCAUCAUCAUCGCCAUCAUCAUCAUCAUCCUCCUCCUCAUCAUCAUGAUGAGCAAGGGAGGCUCGGGAAUUAUCAGAAUGCGGUCACCGUGGCGGAAACCGACAGUGACGGCUAUUAUUCGCAGUAUUUUCAAGGGCCAGAGGGCUCUGCUGCAGGGCAAAAGGAUUUGGCCGGGGAAAAUGGAUGUGGUUUCAGUGGGAGAAAAGAUGUUUCGUACUCGAACGAGUCGGGAGAGUCAUUGAGGAUGAUUCUUUCGGAUCCUGUAACAGGAGCUCUUAUGGAUGACGCAAUGAUAUUACCUUGUGGGCAUUCUUUUGGAGGUGGGGGAAUACGGCAUGUUAUUAGAAUGAAAGCUUGCUACACUUGUUCUCAGUCAAUUUCAGAAGACUCAAUCGCUCCAAAUCUCUCUCUUAGAGCUGCUGUGCAGGCAUUUCGACGGGAAGAAGAGUUGCAAUUUCAUCGCUCUUCCAAGAGGAGGAGGGAAAGAUUUGAUCAGGACAAGGGUGUUUGUGGCGACUCAAAUCUGAUGGAGUUACCAAGAAGCAGAGGUGUUCAGUUUCCGUUUGCUGUGACAGACCGAGUCAUCAUAAAGGGGAACAAGAGGACGCCGCCGCGCUUUGUUGGGCGUGAGGCUGUUGUAACAACACAAUGCUUAAAUGGAUGGUAUGUGGUAAAGACAUUGGAUAAUGCUGAGAGUGUCAAAUUACAGUAUCGAUCACUAGCAAAGGUACCAGAUGACCCCUUAUCAAAACCGAUGUCGAGCAAGAUGGCGCCUAACUGGCUCUAGGGAGCUCUGCAGCUUACAAACGUGAUAAAGAUUUGGGGCUUUCGUCCUCUGCUGCAAGCAUGCCACGUUUAAGUUGCUUUUCUACUAACUGUAUUCCUAAUAGGUUCUUAUUCUUAGUGUUGCAUUUCUUACAACGCAAACACGGUGAUGAAGUACAGGGCCUUGUAAAUUAUAGAAGCCUUGCCAUAGCUGCUUUGUGGAAACCUAGAAUGAGAGUUAGGUAGGAACAAAGUCUGUAAUCUAUGAUUAUAUCCGAGCAGCAUUGUAUUUUGAGUAUAGCUCGUGUAAAAAAUUCAAAUAUAUUACGUAUUCAUUUUUGGUGGAGCAGCUGGUGAUGUUUAUGAAUCUUCUUUUUCCGGCUAUACCACCUACUAA